CUUCUAUUCUUGUGCCACGCCACACCACCAGAAGUGGAUCACUCCAGAACAAACAGGUGACACAGACACCUUCUUAUAAGCCAAAAAACAAAAGGGCUUAAAAGCAUCCACUCUUGUGAGUUGAGAGCGAGUUAUGAAAACGUUGGCGAGUCCGAGUUCGAGGGUGCUCUUGGAAAUUUACAGGGACAGAGAGGCUGGCUUGGUGAACAGGGUUGAAGAAGCUUCGUGCUUUUUCAGGCCUCACAAGAAAAAUGGAGACUUUCGGUUCUUGAAUUUGGUGGCGUUUCUGCAACAGAGAAAGCCCAUCAAACCUGUUGUUUGUCUUUCAUCGAAAACCCAGGCAGAAUUGGAGACUACAGAUGCUCAGAUUCAAGAAACAUAUCCAACAAAAACUAUGCAUGUCAAGUUCCAGUUGCAGAAAGAGUGCUCCUUUGGUCAGCAUUUCCUCAUAGUAGGGGAUGAUCCUAUGUUGGGUUUAUGGGACCCUGAGAGAGCAAUACAGAUGGACUGGUCUGAUGGGAAUGUGUGGUCUGUUGAGCUGGAUAUACCUGUUGGGAAAUCAAUCCAGUUCAAGUUCAUACUAAAAGGAAGCGCAGGGAAUAUCUUGUGGCAACCUGGCCCAGAUCGAAUUUUUCAAACCUGGGAAACUGAGAACACAAUCACUGUUUCUGAAGAUUGGGGAGAUGCUGAACUUCAGAAAAUAACAGAAGAAGCACAAGUUUAUAAUCAAAUUGAGGAUUCUAAUAUCAACUCAGAUAUAUUGAUUCCAGAGGAUGACAACUUGACUUUUCCAGAAGAGGAGCCAGUGUUUAAUAUAAACAUGGAGUCGGCCAAUGUUGAUAGUUACACUGAUCCAGCACAGAUACCGUUAGUGGAAUCAUACCAGGAACAAAUUGUUGCUGAUAACAUAUCUGUCUCACAAGAGAAGCCCAAAACUUUUGUUGCUGAGAAUAUAACACCAAAAUGGCCAAAGCAAAUGAUGGAACCAUACGAGGAACAAAUGGUUGCAAGAACUAAUGCCCCAAGUGAGGAUUCAGCAGCCAUCCCAAACGAGAUGCUGGUGGCACAGAACAUUUUUGGAAAUAAUGGCAGAGCUGCAACAGCAGGGAACCUCGCAAGCUCAAACACUGAGGAAAGCCUAAUGAACUAUGAGGAAGAAGGACCUGUUCUGGUACCUGGCUUGAGUCGUGCACCAGCUGUUCCAACUGAAGAAGCAAACAAAGAGGAAGUUGAGAAACCAAUGACCUUUGAUGGCUCGGUUGGAGCUUAUGAAGCUAAGGAACUGAAUAUGCCAGAGCUAGAAGAGAAGCAAGAACCAUACAGGGAAUCACCUCAAGCAGAAACAAUUGAGAUGUUCAAUGAUAAUAUAGAGAAAUUUGAUGAAGAACUCAAGCAAAAGCCUCAACCAGCUGAAAGGGAAAAUCAGUCCAAGCCUGACCUACCCUAUGGCUCACCUCAAACAGAAACAACUGACAUGUUCAACAAUAAUGAAGUGAGUUUUGAUGGUGGACUCGAGCAAAAGCAUCAAACUGCUGAAACUGCAGAACAGUCUGGUUCAGAGCAAAUCCAUGAUGUCUGGCACAGUGACAUGCAAUGGGGUCGUAAAAUACUGCAGAAACUUCUGAUUACUUUCAGAUUGCCUUAGUAUAAAUCUCUGGAAUUCAUGUGAGCCUGUGACUCCUGAUUUGUUGCUUAAGUUUUGUGGAGGCCAUCAGAGAGAGUUGGAGAAGGCCUUUUUUAACAAUUUAUGUAAUAGUAUGUACAUAUCGACUUUGUGCCUGUUUUGUAAUAGUGCUCAGGUUUUUUAUUCUUAGGUUUGUCAUGUGCAUACCAGGAAAUCUGACUGUUUCCCAAUUAGAGCCGAGUAUUUUAUAUUUCUGCCAUGAACACAGAUUGAUGUGUGGAAUGAGGAUUUAUACCAAAUGUAGGAUUUUGCCA